AUGAACUCUGAGAGAGCUCAUGAAGAGGCUUUACACGCGUGGUCUUCUCUUCCCAAUAAGCCUGCAUACCAUGAAGAGUCCUUGGCAGCUCUAGAAGGGAGAGCACCAGCGAAGGCGCCCACGAUGGAUCCGCCGAGUACCAUUAGAAGAACCCAUGAUGGUACUCGUGAGAGAACCCGCGAGAGGGUUCCAGAGAGGAUCCAAGAAAUGACUCAGAUUUCCCAAACCCUUUGCCAUAUUAUUCGACGAGCGAUUACUAACUAUAACCGUAGGGAUCUCGCUUUACCCAAGUUCUUAUUCGAACUUCGACGUGGAAACGGCCCCGUAACAGGAAUCAGGGUCGAAGAUACGCAUCAAUUCGUGUGCGCAUCGCACUUUGUUUGGGAGAUGUGUGCUGCCCUCGCCCAGAUUGGUGACGACCCCAAAUGGACGAAAACUUUCAAAAUGUGGGAGCCGCAGCAUGCCGAGGUCAGGGCCCUGAUUGCUUCUUGCACACGCAAGGCUAGGUUGUCGGUCGUUGUUCCUUACCCACCAGUCGAUGUGACAAUUGUUGAACACCGAGCUAAUCUUGUUCAUGGAUACGAGCGGAAGACAUUUCAGUUGAAGGGAACCGAGUUUACAUACAGCAGCUCAUUGCAUGUAUGUGAUGAUCUGUGUGAGCUUCGUAAGUACCCCACUGUUCUUGCAACUCGGCCUAAAUGGGGGUCCUUGAGCAUCACAUUCCGAGGUGAUCAACUAGCUCUGUGCUUUGGUACCGUAUAUCUGACGCGUUGA